AUGUGGCUGCUCUCGCCCGGCAGCAAGUGGCUCUCUCUAGCUCGGAUCCCCUCUUCUAUUCAUCCAUUUUUGAUCCCGCCUCCCCCAAUGUCUACAGUGGUCGACUUUGCUCCUCACGACUUUGGCCGUCAUCCCAUGUUGGACGUCGACAGCAUGUCUCGACCACAUCACAGCUACCACGAGGGAUAUGCCCCCGGACAUGGGCACUAUGCUCCAGAGCACCCACCGUACCCACCACCACAGCCCUCUCACCUCACCCAGCCGCCACGGCUGCCCUCCAUGGCCACCAUGAUAUCGACUGCAGGAGCAAGCCACCCUCCUGCAAUGCCAAAUGGACGGGACGUCUCCUACCCGGGAGGGAAACCGGGCUAUUAUUCAGACUACGCAACCCCCUCACCAGUCGGGCAGACACCUCCGCAGUUCCCUGGUCCGAGCAACGACCCCCAUGCCUUCUCCAGGCGGGCAGUCGACAUCCGGCGCUCGCCCACCCUAUCAUCAACAGCCAGUGACCGGUCAUCUGACGAGGUAGCCCACGAGAUGCGUCUGAGGCAAAUGAACAGCUUCCGAGACCACCACAGCCAAGGGCUCCCACGACAGUAUCCCCAUCAAUCUCCCCGUUCAAGAGGGAGUUCCCUCCACCACGACAGCGCUCUCCCACCAGUAUUGAUGGGCGGCCCCUCUGCCAGCCCUUACGUCCCAGCAUCAGCAUACAUGAACGGCCGUCCGCCACCGCACCUCCCCCAAAGCCCAUCAAACAGCACCCAAGCCAGCGCCUCCCCAAGACAAGAGGGGAAAUCCAUGAGCAUAUCCAACCUCCUCAGCUCAGACAGCGCCACCACCACCACUACCUCCUCCUCCUCCACCUCCCACCCAAACACCACCACAACCAUGAACACCACCACCUCCCACCCCUCCUACCCACCCCCAGCCCCCUCCCCCAUCCCCUCAACCUCAGAAUACCGCAUCUCGGUCCGCCAACAACCUUACGCCGCCCGCUCCUGCGGCUUCGGCGAGCGCGACCGCCGAGUAAUCGACCCACCCCCUAUAGUCCAACUAACAAUCCACGACCCCUCCCUCUCCCCAGAGGAACUCUCCCGCCGACUCCGGCACCAAUUCUCCGUGGUCCACUGCUCCAUUUACGACGACCGCGGCGAGCGCGACAUGUCAGCCAUGCCUGAAGACUUCCGUCAACAACGCCGUCUCAUGGGCACCCUCGUCGCCUCCCCUUUUGUCGGCCAAGACGAAAACGGGGAGGAGGGCUGCUUCUUUUGCUUUCCUGACCUGAGCUGCAGGACACCUGGGAGUUUCAGGUUGAAGUUUGCGCUUGUGGUGCUGGAUCCGAUGAGUAUGCGAAUGGGGGAUAGGAGUAAGAUUGUGGCUACGGCGAUGAGCGAGGUUUUUUGCGUGUAUAAUGCAAAGGAUUUUCCUGGUAUGAAGGCUAGUACGGGGUUGACGAAACGGUUGAAGGAGCAGGGGUGUCUGAUUAGUAUCAAGAAGGGGAACGAGAAGAGGGAGACGCCUGGGGGUGGGGGGGGGGGGUGGGGGUGGUGGGAGGAGGGGGGCCGAGGAGGUUGAGGAGGAGGAGGAGGAAGGGGGGGGAUAGUGAGGGGGAGGGGGAGAAGAGGGGGAGGAAGAGGGUGAAGAGGAGCGCGUGACUAGCUGGGGUGUUUUGUUGUUUGCUCCUCCCUUUUUGGAGGGGGGCAGGGGAUGGUGAUGAUGAUUAUGAUGAUGAGAGGACACCGCUCAGAAAGGGCGGAGAGAAGAGUGGCGGGUGGCAUUUGAAAUGCUAACGCCAUGGUGACAACAACAACCACAAGCAACAGAGCUGAACUGGUCAACCACACAGACAAGUUCAGAUGCUUUUUUUCUAGCAAAGAGCGAACAGAUACCCCAUCAUCUUGUUUUUUUGAUCUCCUAUUUCACUUUUCUUUCCGAGAAAACACUCACAUGACGGAACAACAGCAACAAUUACGAAGGGACGAACUGGACAAAAGGAAACGGGAAAAGUUCGGGGCCACGGAACACAGGGGGACCAAAACGGACUGCGAAUACGGAAAAACGAGAGUCUCCUCCGGGUUGGAUGUUUUUUUUUUCUUGCUCUUUUUGGGUGUAACUGGUGUCGCUUGAACUAGAUCUCUUUUAUGAGACUUUUGGUAUCACGGUUCAGUUGACGAGGGCGACGACGGAGUUAAGAGUGAGCAUGUCAAGCUUGUGCAUUUCGUUCUGCUUUUUGCUUUUAUGGUCUUACCGAUACGGAGAGAAAGACUGGGAAACAAAGUUCUGUGUGCAUUUUGCAUCUUAGCGAGCUUUCUAAGAGAGAAGAGAGAGAGGUACCAAAUCAAUAUCGAUCAAAAGUGUUCUAAUCAUUCA